CGUAAGAUAACCUUACAUACUUUAAAUAUCAAAAUAAGACAUGCACUAUUUUAAUUUUGACAAACCAAGUUCUAAUUUUAAACGUUUCAGGAAGCUAUUUUAAUACUUUCGUACAGUUUGAUAUUCAAGUGCUCUUAACUAUUGUUGGUACCAGGCACCAGCUACCUAACUGUCAGAACAUACGGUUAACAGCAGGACGUCAGGACACCAUCAUUAUUUUUUCAUUUAUUUAAUAUUGUUAAGCUUUUAAGCGAUUGUUCCAUUAUUCGAACCCUGAAGAUUAAAUUGUAACAAUCAAUUGCCAUUAUUAAUUGUGCAUCAUGGGACGAAAGAAAAUUAAUAUAUCCAAAAUCACGGACGAACGAAACCGUCAUGUGACUUUUAACAAACGCAAAUUUGGUGUCAUGAAGAAAGCUUACGAAUUAAGCGUAUUGUGUGAUUGUGAAGUAGCAAUCAUUAUUUUCAACAAGUCCAACAAGUUGUACCAGUACGCUAGUACAGACAUGGACCAAGUAUUACUCAAAUAUACUGAAUAUAGUGAACCACAUGAAUCACUGACAAACACUAAUAUUAUUGCUCAAUUAAACAGAAGAGGAGGAGAAGGUCCUAGAAGUUCUAAAUCUGUUGAUCCGUGCGUUACUGAAGAGACAAAUACAACAAAUCAACCCAAGCAAUUUAAAGUAAUGUCCACUCCUAGAAUUAAACUUAAACACAACGAUAUUUCGGAUGAAGAAUUCAGAAUACUUAUGACACAUGGAGGGAGGAUAGUGGAUGAAGAUGAUGACGAAGAUGAUGAUGAUGAUGAUGAUAGUAAUGGUCUUGAAUGUGAAUUUAUUGCUGACAUGCCUGACAUUCCUGGUAUUCCUCCUCACAAAGUUCCAGAAGCCUUAAGAAAAAUUCGAGAGGGUAACCCUAUUGAAAAUGCUAAACGAGUUACUUCCAGUGACUCAGAUAUGAGUGAUGACGAAUUGAAAAUAGACAGUGGUGCUGAUGAUGAUUUUGAAGAAAUAGAUGACAAUUUACAUAAGAAUAUUGAAAGCUAUAUUUCUCCAGCCACCUCACGACAACCAACUCUGCCUAUCCCAAAAAUCGAUGAUGAAAUUAAAGUUGAAAAAAAUGAUGAUGACGUUGAUGUUGAAAUAAUUGAAGAUGACAACGAUCAUCCUGAGGAAGUGAGAAGCCCUAAAAGUCCAGAAGCUACAAAACCACAAUUGACGCAAAAUAUUCCAAAACCACAAUUAGUGCCAAAUAUUCCCUCAAGUUUAGGCUUAAUUCAGAAUAAAUCUCCAAAAAAUCAAUCAAUAAAUGUACGGUACCGCCCUUACAAUAUUCUACAAACUUCCAAAAAAAUGGUAAAAAUACCACCACAAAAGUCUAUGGAAAUUCGAAGUAACAUAACACACAAUGGACAGUCUCCAAUGCAGCAACGAAGAGUUUAUGCAGGAUUCAAACAACGUAUCCAGGUCAAAAAAGAUUUGUUGCCUCCUGAUAUUAAAGUCAAUAGUACACAAAUGUCACAAAGUAGUAAUACAAACGAUUCUUAGAAUUAGUGUAAAUUUGAAGAAAAAAUCAUUCCAAAUACAAACAUGCCUUUAUUUUAUACAUUUUUUUUAAGACUGUACUUUAGUAACAAUUAUUGGUACCUAUUCAUUUAUAUUUAAUUAUAUAUAAUGUAAUAUGAAUUAUAAUACAAUUUAAAUAUGUAGCAGUUCGAAUCCUUUGUUCAAACUUCCUAUUUAUAAAAAUGUUAUCAUUUUAAUAUUAACCUACAAUUGAA